AUGGACGACGACGAAUUCGAUGAAGUACCUCAAGCUUUAUUUCAAAAUGUUGCACUGAUCAAGGAUACCGAUAUGUUUGAAGCUCUCGUUCCAAUGACGGACGAUACGCGCGCUAUUAUAUGUGGUGCUGACUCUUUAAAGGUUGCCAUUGUCGCUGUUCGAGUUGGCAACGGCCGAUGUUUAGUAUUUGGAAGUAGUUAUUAUCCUGAUGUUUUUCUUGCUGAUGACCCCCAAGAUAAAGAAUUUAUUAAAAAUUGUCGUCAUUGGUUGUCUAAAGGAACAGAUGCACAAUGCGAAUCAAUCGAUGAGAUAGAAUCCAUGGACAGUGUCAAGGAAAAAGAACACAUUCUUGUUUGGAAUGGAUAUAACUUUAAAAGUGAUGAAUUCAUGGACGAUUUACGUGCAUUUUUAGAAGAAGGCGGAGCUUUGGUUUGUGGAGCAGCUCCGUGGAAUUGGUUAAAGGACAAUAAUGGCAAAUCUCUUUCGGAUUUUAAAACUGGUCAUUUUUGUGAAUCUAUUGGUGUCAAAGUGACCGGUGAUUAUGCUGACUAUGAUGAUCAAACUAUAUUUAUACCUGAAAUGAUCAAAUUCAAAAACUUGUCUAAUGCUGUUCAGGUACUGGCUAGCGAAUCGAAUAAUACUGAAUACCUGGUUAUUGUCGGAGCGAUGAUCAAGCAACUAGACAAUACAUUACCGAAUUCAUUGGCUCAAAUUCUGGAAGAUCUGGUUCAAAAUGCUGAAAAUGAUAUUAUCCCAACGAAAACAUCACCGAUUCAAGAUCAAUCAUGUCGACAGCGAUCAAUUGGUGUGUGCGGUAUCUUGUGUGGAUUAUAUAAUAUUAAAGCUCCUGGUAUAGACGAAUUUCCCGGUGAUUUUGAUGAAACACCGCUUAUGGAAACAAAUGUCACUGUUCAUAUUGAAUCGAAGAGAAGCGAAUGGUAUUGCACAGGAUACUAUGUGGCUGCAGGUACUACCAUAAAAAUCUAUGUAUUAAAACAAGUUGGUGCAACUGGAUGGUCAGCUAGAAUCGGUUGUCACGAUGAUGAUCUCAAGGAAUGCGAUGAAUUACGUCGAUGGAACUACAUUUCGAUAUGCAAACCACUCUCUAGCACUACUGUCGAAAUGAGUUCGGCUUUCGGUGGUCUUCUCUUUCUUGAGAGUCCUACUGGUGAAUCGAAUUCCAUUAGUGUUAAGCUAUGGAAUGUUGUUCGAACACUUACCUACGAUCUCAUGGAUUCUGAUCGAGAGCUAAGUGUUAACGCACAGGGUCUCUGGGCAGAGAUUGCUAGCCAAUAUACUGUUUUCAAUGUUCCUUCGAAAAUUGUACGCGAUUUAGAUAGCUAUGAAUUAGAUCGAGCUCUUUGUUUCUGGGAUUCCGUAGUAUUGGCUCAUCAUGAAUUACGCGGUACUACACCAGUAGGUCGAGAACGAAUCGUAUGUGAUGAACAACCAUCAUAUGGCUACAUGCAUGCUAAUUAUCCAAUUGUUACUCAUUUGGAUGUAACUGAUCCAGAAUCUGAAUAUUUCUUAUUCAACGGUGAUUGUCUAGAACGUAAUGGUUUUUGGGGUCUUUUUCAUGAACUUGGUCAUAACAUGGAGCGUGACUGGUGGGUUUUUAGUGCUGCAGGUGAAGUAGCCGGGAACAUUUUCACUUUACACGCCAUGGAUGUUAUUUGUCAUUUUGAACCAUGGAUUCACUCUUGGCUCAAGGAGAAAGUAGAGAACGCGAAAGAGGGUAUAAAGAAAGGAACGCCUUUCGACGCAUGGACAGCAGAUGCCGGUGUUGCCUUGUUUAUCUAUGCACAACUAGCACGAGAGUUUGGUUGGGACAGCUAUAAAGCUGUCUUUCGUCAAUAUGAAGAAACUAAACCGAAUUUGAAUAGUGAUCAAGAGAAAAUAGAUCACUGGAUCACAACCUUCUCGCGUCAAGUAGAGUAUAAUUUGGUUCCACUGUUCAAAUUCUGGGGUUUUCCAAUUUCACAAUCAACCAUUGACGAUCUUGACGACCUGCCACUUCAAGAAAUCUCUGAUGAAUUAAUUGAAAUAGCACCAGAACGCUAUGAAGUCUAA